CAGAGUCCCUGAGGUCCUCUGUUCUUAGAGCUGAAGUUUACUUCCUUCUCACCAUGGAGAUCUUCAUUCUGCUCUCCUUGGCUCUCUUUUCAGAUGCCAUGGUCAUGGACGAAAAGGUGAAGUCAGGCAUUGAGCUGGACACAGUUUCUGCUAAUUGUAACUAUGAUGCCCACUACAAGGACCACACCAAGUACUGGUGCCGGGGCUAUUUCAGGAACUCGUGCAACAUCGUCGCCCUCACCCCGAACAGCACCAACCGUGUGGUCUUGAAGGACACAGGAAGCCAACUCAUCAUCACGGUGUCCUGCCUGGUUAAGGAGGACACAGGCUGGUACUGGUGUGGUAUCCAGCGGGACUUUGCCCGAGAUGACAUGGAUUUUACACAGCUGAUUGUGACUGACAACGGAGAUGGCCGGGCCACUGGUUUUUUACCUGGUAAAGAGACUGCCAGGGGAUCUUUGAAAGACCCUUCAGGGCACAGGAACUUGAGCUGUAGGACUUCUAAAGCUAUCCAAAAGGCAGAGGGCUCCAGAAUGUCCAUCUUGAUCGUUUGCAUACUGGUUACUAGUUUGUGGAUCAUCUUUAUAGUCAGUCUUUUCUCUACGAGAAGGAGAAGCCAAAGGAAUAGAGGAGUUACAGGUAAAAGCAUCACUAGAAGCUCCCAGCCAAGCCAAGCUCCCUCUGUGGUCUCCAUACCCUUGUAGGCAACAGUGUGAAGUUCUUUCCACGUGUCUUGACUCAAGGAAAUGGCCCCAACUGAACACACGUGACUGAAGAUUUCUUUCCUAUUUCGUUCCCAAAUAAAGUGAUGUCGUUACAGUUGAAUCUCCAUGACAACCAGCCUACGUCUCAGAGACUGAUUCUGACCUUUCAGGAUUUCUAAAGGAUUCUCUGACCUCGGAGCAAUCUUUUGUGGCAAGGUGACAACAGUGGUGGCCGGAAGAGCUAAGACAGACCACGCCAAGCAAGGCUGCCAUCAAAUAAUAUCUCCAGAUCUUAGCUCUCGUGCAUUAGAUUAGCUGAAGUGAAGAAGAGGUACAGAAUCUGGGACAAGGGGAAAUGACUUGUAUUUCAUUUAUCAGCCAAUAAAUAUCUGAAUAGUG